AUGCAGCGCGGAGACCCUCGCGCCAGACUUCUGAGCUUUACCAACAACCUGCUUACCACAAGCAUGGAUCGCGUUUCAGGCUCUGUCGCCGACAUGAUGAGCGAGGUCGCCGAACUCGAGCGAGGUCUCAAGAACCUUAAUCACCCGCUCCUGGCAGCCUGGGAAGCCGAUGUACUUACUCGUUUCAUUGAAGUCGCUCAUGCCAGCGAGCCUCGUCUGCAGCCCAACAGCUACUUGCUGCGUGUCGGCCGCCUGACUCGUGAGGAAUACUCGCGUGGGUUCACUUUCGCUGCUCGCCGAAUCUCCGAGCAGACCAUGCUUAACCUCGGUCUCGGACCCGAGCACUUUGCUAUGAUUCGAGAGUACCAUGUGAAUCGCAGUGGAACUCCCUUCCACACGGAACCAUUCUUCGCCAGAUGGCUCGUUCACUUCCGGAACAUUCGUCCUGAGAUGUAUGCCCUCUGGGCUCCAUUCUUUCCUAUUUGCUACAACCGUAGCAUCCAUGAGAGUGCAAUCCUCUUCUAG